GCGCUAUCUUCUCUGGCAAGGCCGGAGCCUCGCCGCCCCGGAUUCUCCUUUCCUCCCCGAAGCCGAACACGUUUCCUGGGAAGCACGUCCCGACUUCCGAGUCCAUGCAACUAAAGGUCGUGGCCUUCUUCCCCUCGCCCGCGCCGCCGGAUCCCGGCAGUUGCUCUGCACUUGCUUAGUGCAUUUGCGAGGGGUUCUUCUUGCCCUGCAUGCCAGUGCGCUGCACCGCCGGGCUGCCUGACCUCCGGGGAGGAAGCCUUCCCACGAGCAGCGCCUUGCCUCACGGUGGCAUCUCGCUUUCCCUUCCGUCAUGAAUAGGGUGCAGCUGAAGCGGUCGGCGAUCCUAAAGAUGGCCCUUAGCGGUGCCUCGGAGCCCUUGCUCCAGCAGGAGAAGGAGGACGCCGAGGAGGAGAGCGGCCGGGAGCCCCCGUUCCUGUUCCGGGCCAUGCGGAUCGCCUUGGUGGUCUCUCUCUACUGGUUCAUCUCCAUCACCAUGGUCUUCCUCAACAAGUACCUGUUGGGCAGCGCCUCGCUCGGCCUGAACACGCCGCUCUUCGUCACUUUUUACCAAUGUCUGGUCACCGUCCUCAUCUGCAAGCUGCUCAGCCUCCUGGCCUCCUGCUGCCCGCGGGGCUACCUGGACUUCCCCUCCAUGCGCAUGGACCUGAAGGUGUCCCGCAGCGUCCUGCCGCUCUCGGUGGUCUUCAUCAGCAUGAUCACCUUUAACAACCUGUGCCUCAAGUACGUCGGCGUGGCCUUCUACAACGUGGGCCGCUCCCUCACCACCGUCUUCAACGUGCUGCUCUCUUACCUGCUCCUAAAGCAGACCACUUCUCUCUCCGCCCUUCUGGCCUGCGGAGCGAUCAUAGGUGGCUUCUGGCUUGGUAUAGAUCAGGAGGAAGCGGAAGGCACUCUGUCGUGGGCCGGCAUCUUUUUCGGCAUCCUCGCCAGCCUCUGUGUCUCACUCAAUGCAAUUUACACUAAAAAAGUACUGCCUGCCGUGGAUGGCAGCAUCUGGCGCCUGACAUUUUAUAACAACAUCAAUGCCUGUGUCUUGUUCUUGCCUCUUCUGAUCCUCAUGAAUGAGUUCUCAACGCUCUACUAUUUUGAUAAGUUGAGGAGCAUCAACUUCUGGGGCAUGAUGACCCUGAGUGGGGUGUUUGGUUUUGCCAUUGGCUAUGUGACAGGGCUUCAGAUCAAGUUUACCAGCCCGCUCACACACAAUGUAUCUGGGACUGCAAAAGCGUGUGCCCAGACAGUGCUAGCUGUUUGCUAUUAUGAAGAAACCAAGAGCUUCUUAUGGUGGACAAGUAACAUGAUGGUUCUAGGUGGUUCCUUUGCCUACACAUGGGUAAAAGGGCUAGAAAUGAAGAAGGUGCAGGCGGAUCCUCUGCCCAAAGCAAAUGAGAAAAAUGAGACUGGUGUCUAAACUCUCACAGCCUGCACCUUGGUGUGGGUCCAGACUGCCUCUGUGUGUGCAGGCAUGGAGUGGAGCUUGUCUAGGAAGAGAGCCAGGGUUUGGGGUCUGCAAAGCAGGAAAAUCCUGUGGCUGCAAAGAUGUGGGAGAUGGAAGUUAGAAGAUGAGCCAAAGUCUCCUAUGUAUACUUUUAUCUGCAGUAUAAUCACAGUAAAAGUGGUCUCCUGUGAAGAAGGUGACAUGUGUUGGUGGUGGGAUUGGUGAGCUUGGAUAAGGGCCCCUUUGUCACUCAAGACACUCCUGAUGAGGGAUGCUGCCAACGUGCACCUGGCUUUUCCCUUGGUAAAAGAAGAUGUACGUUCUGCUAAAACAACACCACUGAAGACUAGGUUUAAACAAGUCAAAAUAGGUAAACCUGGCUCUAGUUACCCCUGAGUGCACCACCCUCCCUGUGUAGGUACACCUGUCUUCCUACUUGGUCUUCUCACAAAACACACUUGGCAAUCCGGUGUGCUUGCUGAAGGGAAAGCUCACCUGCCUGUCAAGCUGUUGUGCUAGAAACAAAUCUCUUGUCCGGCUGGCGACAUCCAAGGUUGGUUGUUAGCUCUGCUGCCCCCAUGGGGCAAAUUUGUACCAAGAAAUACAGGGUUGCUACUCACCUUCCAACAGUGAAUUGAAAUAAUUUGGAGACCCUGAAGUGUACACAUUUGCUUUAGUGAGGGUUGUGGGGCAUUUCUGCCAAAGCCCUUUUUUGUUCUCCAAGUUAAUUUUUAAGGGGGUUAUCCUCCCUCUGGGCCGCCUCACUAGAAAAGGGGUUCGGCAUGAGAAAGUACAAAAGGGUUCUUGACAGUGCUAUGGUCUGGCUUCCUCAAAAUUCACCGAGAAAUUCCAGCAUUUAACUGAACAGUUGUCUUGAUACAAUGUACUGUCCUCCCAGGGAUUACUAAUGAAGUAUGAGAUGUCAGUGGCUAGUCUGACCUUUAUUUAACGGACUCCGAAGAAGUUGAAAUGGCAGCAGCCCUUGCGUUUUGGAGCAAGAGGAUUCCACGCCACCCCAUUCAGUAUACACUCUCCUUUACUGAGUGAGCCUCCAUGGGCUCCAGGAGCCCAAAUCUCAUUGGAAUGUUUAACUCCACUUGCCUUGUGGCCUUUUGCUCUUGACUGAGGGCGGCUCUCCCUCCCUAUCCCGUUUCUUUAAUUUUGUACUGGGAAAUUAAUCUUCCACUGUUGAUCACUGAGAUUGUUUAAAAAUAAUAAUAAAAAUUGGUUCAUUA